AUGUUUUCUUUUACGGCCAUAAACCAACCCGCUGCCGCCAACGGCCAACGUUCGACCGCGAACGCCUCGAACGUUAGGGGGCGAAAGAGAGGCAGGAGUUGCGAGUGUUUCGACAAUCGCACGGUGAAGAACGCAGAAUUGGUCGUCAACCAUCUGUGCGAUCACAGGCGGGAAAGGAAAGUCGAUUUCGGCAAUCCUAAUCGCAUCCCGAUCGCUAACCGCCUCGCCAGACCCAGAAACAAUGGUCCGACAUUUUCUGUAUUUGACCCCGCGCGAGACCCUGUACGGAAUAUUGUCGUCGAUCGGAAUGGCAACCAAGUCAACCGGCGCGCUGUGGCUAGCCAGCCGGGCCCCUCCAGAAGACGAGAACCGAUUAAAGAACCGGAGGCUCCGGAAACGGUGGACAAAGCACCCACCGAGCCCUCCGAGGGCUCUUAUUCGGAAAAAUCCCGCGUGAUGUUAUUGGAAGAGAACUGUCGCUUGUUGGAAGAGUUCAUAGACCUGUUGGGAGCCGCGUUGGACAAUUCGAGCGGCGCAUCCAUGGCUUUGCAGGUCAUUCGUGAACGGUACAACCGGCGCACAACGGCGUGCGCAAAAACCGGAAGAGCCGACGGGCCACCACCUCCCCCCCAGCCUGAGACCGAUGAGGAUCGGACAGCCCAACGUGUGCCUCGGACGGUCCGAGAUGUUGCUCUGCCUCUUGUGGAUGCCCUUCGCAACGGCACUCCUUUUCCCGAUUUUUCGGAGCGUGAUGCACAGAUAGUGCGUGAUGCAAGGGCUAAGCAUGCUCAGAGCAACGACCGAAGUAACGGGGCUCCUCGCAGACCCGUUGUGGAGGUUACCCCGGCACCUCUGAACAGUCUCCCUUGCCACCCGUCCCGACCAAAUCGCAUACCUGACGACGACGAGCCAGAAAGAGAUGGUGAUGAUGACUACGACGACGAAGACGACGACGACGACGACGAGCCCUCCUCCCACGCCCAUCACUCGCGUUCAAGCCAGACGACAAGCCCUGACUCGUCUUCAGUCUUCUCGCCCCCCUGCCCUGAAGAAGAGCUCUCGGACGGUGAAGACACGCCUCGUCCCCAUAGGAACAGCCCUCGAAGGAGACAGUAUUCCUUGCGGAUGCCGGCUGUCAUACCCUCGAUCGAGCGUGAUGAGGAAGGGAGCGACGCAAGUGAGGAGUCUUCGUCACCGCAACAGACUCCCUGUCCAGGUCCAUCGCGGAAGAGAUGUGCGGCCAUUGCCAGCGGCCCGGAAGAUUCGCCCAAGAUGAGAAUCAUCAUCGAUUUACGUUCUGUAUCGCCCGAUCCCCCGGAGCCUACUCCCAGGGCCUCUGGCCCUCCGCCCAUCCUACCACCGGCCCAUGCUCCUCCGCCCAUCCUACCACCGGCUCAUGCUCCUCCGCCCAUCCUACCACCGGCUUCUGCUCCUCUGCUUAUCGUACCACCGGCUUAUGCUCCUCAGCCCAUCCUACCACCGGCCUCUGCUCCUCGGCCCAUUGUUCCAGCCUCUGCGCCGGACUCUACGCCUUCCCGUGAUCGCAACAUCCCAGAGCAGCGAGCAAGGGAAUUAUCAGAGCAGAGAAGGGCACGGGCAAGGGCAAAGUCGGAGCAAAGAAGGGCAUUAGAGGAUAGCGUGCGGAACUGGCACCGACCUCCGCUUGGACAACAACCGCGUCCCACGGCCGCACCACGGGUCGUCAAGCCCCCGGCUACGGCUCAACAGGGGACACCACCUUCCAUACGCGAGCGACCGCAGCAGUUCCGAAGAAUGCGGGAGGAGUCGAUCGACUUUGCCUCGACCGCGAACCGCAUGGCUGCCCUGCCAAAGAUCAUAGAACAGCAUUUUUGCUACGAUUGA